CUGUAUCAUGACCACUUUGUAACUUCUACUGCCUCCUCUUGUGGCGUCCACCAAGUUUCUAACCGUCUCCUUUGUUUUCUCACAGUGACGGCGGCAGCGGCUUCUACAUUCAGUCACCUAAUCGAACUUGACCUCAGCUGGAACCCAUUAGCGGCGGAGUUCUCCUCUGCGGAAUUUCUUUUCAGUCUCCUGGGCACGGCUUCAAUACAGCAACCGCCACACUUUGCCGGCCUCCGUUGUCUCCGUUUACGAGGCUGUCUCCAGGCGAAGGCCAAGAAACAGACUGGCUCCCCCACCCUCUUCAUGCCAAAUAACGUUGCUGGAUCAUGGCUUUCCUGUGAUGGCGACUGUGCUUACUCAGUGCAAAAAGAGUCGGCUGUCUCGGGAGACUGUCUAAUUCUUUGUUUGGCGAAGCUUCUCGACAGCGGUAACUUUCAUAUUCAGACGCUGGAUGUCGGCCACUGUAACCUUACUCCAGGCUGUUUGCUGAGUUUACAACGGUUGUUGGCUGCGCCAAGCACCUCGCUCACCUCCCUGGUUUGUGACGGCAACUCAGCGUUACGCUCUGUCUCUGCGCUAGAGGGUUCCACCUGGUCACGCAUCCUGACCACCAGCGCUCAGGCGUCUUCCGCACUCGUCAACCUCUGCAUCGACUUUCCACUCCGUACGUUUCUUUCUUAA